GAAAAAAUAGUUAAUUAUUCGACUAGAAAAUUAAUAUACCAUCAAUAUCAAUGGGUCAAAUAUUAAUGGUUCAAUUAUUGGUGCCAAUCCUACUUGUGUUGUUGGUAGGGGCAGGGGCUAAACCUGAGCGAGGGUAUGCAAAGUGCGAGAUAAAGAAGUACAAAUAUUGCUACAAUGUGGUGUAUGCUUGUCCUAAAGAUUGUCCUUAUGAUUGUACUAUGGAUUGUAGAUCUUGCCAACCUAUUUGUGUUGGGGGUCAAUCUUCAUCACCCAAAACAGCUAGAUGCUGGGACAAGAACUACCCAAAAUGUUACAAUAUGGAACAUGCUUGUCCUAAUGCAUGUCCUGGUGGUUGUGAAGUUGAUUGCAACACUUGCAAACCAGUUUGUAAGUGCGACAAACCAGGAGCUGUUUGCCAGGACCCUCGUUUCAUUGGUGGAGAUGGAAUCACUUUUUACUUCCAUGGUAAGAAAGACAACAACUUUUGUCUUGUAUCUGAUACCAAUCUCCACAUAAACGCCCAUUUCAUAGGUAGAAGAAAUGAGAACAUGAAAAGGGACUUCACAUGGGUCCAAUCUAUUGCCAUUCUCUUUGACAAUCACCAACUCUUCCUUGGAGCCCUUAAAACAUCCACAUGGGAAGACUCUAUUGACCGUUUUGCCCUUAGCUUUAAUGGAGAACCUAUCACUCUCAAUCAAUCACAAGGUGCAAAAUGGGAAUCAUCUAAUGUCUCCAUUCUUAGGGAAACUGCCACUAACAACAUUGUUGUUGAAGUUGAAGGAAAGUUUAGGAUAACAGCUAAGGUUGUCCCUAUAACCAAUGAAGACUCAAGGAUUCACAAUUAUGGGAUUACAAAAGAUGAUUGUUUUGCUCACCUUGAUUUAGGCUUCAAAUUCUUUUCUUUAAGUAACAAAGUGAGUGGUGUGUUGGGCCAAACAUACAAACCUAACUAUGUCACCAAUUUGGAUAUUGGAGCAAAAAUGGCAGUUAUGGGAGGUGGAAAAGAGUAUCAAACAACAACUCUGUUCUCCCCUGACUGUUCUGUUGCACACUUUGUUGGUAACAAUGGUUCCAACAAUGACAUUGCCAUGGUGGAGGAUUUGAUGCUCCCUAGCAUGAGUUGCACAAGUGGAAUUGAUGCACAAGGAGUUGUCUGCAGGAGAUAAUUUUGUUCAUGAUUUCAACUCAUCAUUCAUUCAAACAACUUUUCCAAUUUUAUUUAUAAUAAUAACUUGGAUCAUAUGGUAACAACCUAAAGCUACUUAUUCACAAGAGUGAUAUAUGUAUGAAAUAAAAUUAUUAAUAUAUUCUACUUAAUUAUAA